AGAUCGCAUCUAACAACCGGAUGCUGUAAACAGGAAUAUUGUAAAUAUUGCUUCCUGAUCAUGUCAACGACAAGUCUUUUAAUAACUUGUCUUGCUUUGCUAGUUUGUCUGAUUGGACUUACAGAUGCAGGACAGUGUCACAAAUACAGCAUUUUUGGUAAAUCCUAUUAUGAAUAUUGUGCCUUUGGUUGUUGUGGUUAUGGUUCUCUAGAGUAUUGUUGUUCAGCAGUAUGGCCUAUAAUUGGAAUGGUAGUGGGGAUGGGUGUUGUUGUUGCUGUGAUUGUAACCAUUAUCUGUUGCUGUAGAAGAAGUAGAGGAGCUCGAGGAAUGGUGUGUCAGACAAACCCAAGGACUAAUACUACAGUUGUGACUGCAGGCCAAGUCCAGUCUGGUUACCCAGUGCAACAAACAGUAGUGACAUAUCCAGUACAACCAGCUGGUUAUACUGCAGGUUACACAGCAGCAGGGUACCAGUCUCCGCCGAUGCAAUACUACCCACCUAACACAGGAUACCAGCAGCCACCACAAGGAUACCAGCAGCCACCACAAGGAUAUCCACAAUAUCCACCACCAGUUCAAACUGGAUAUGUUGGUUCAUCAUCCACAGCAUAUACUGACCACCCGGAGGUAAAAGCUAGUGCCCCACCCAUGGAAGCACCCCCACCAUACCCUCGGUGAUACAAUUGUAAUAGUUAUCUGUUACAUAUUGUAACAUACAACUUUUUUUUACCAAAGUUACAGAAUAUUUAUAUUGAAGCCUUUUACUGACUUAUUUGUGUACAGUAGGCAAAAUUGUUUGUUCUGAGUCUUGGAUAAAGGCCAUUUCUCUUCAGUUCAUCAAAUUCCUUUAUGGAACAGUUAUAUUAUUAAUAGUUUUCUACAUAAAACUACAAUAUAAAGUAAAUAGAUCAAUUUCAUUACCUAUCGCUAUAUAUUUUUUUAUUUGACUUGUCAAUUAAAUGAUUCUUUUAAAGUUCCAAAAUUAGAAAAUUGAACCAAUAAACUUGAAAAAAUAAUGUUGUUUUUUCAAAACAUUUUCUUUUUACAUUUUAUGCUACCAUGAAAUGACAACAUGUACAAAAUAUCGGCAUUAGAAAUAAAUAAUACUCAAAUUUGCUGAUAGUUGAUUUAUUGUCACACAAUAAAAUGGUUCCUAAAAAAAUUCUAAAUUGACAGUAUUAGAUACAAACAGCUUUAGAAAUUAAGAUACAUGUAUUUCUUAUCAGUUCUGUGUACAUAUUUUAUGUCAUCCAUUGUAAUAUCAUUUUCAUUCUUAUAUUUCAUUGAGAAAGGUAUCUUACACAUUUUAACUAUGAGAGAGUGAACAUUGACCAAAUAUUAUUAGUCUCAAAAUGUACCAUUAACCAUCUUAUUUUAUGUGGAUACUUUAUUUCACAUUCAACUCUUUCUAGCCAAAGUCACAACAAUUUACAAUUUAAUUGAUGUAAUAAGACAAGUAAAGAGAUUCAAGUUUUAAAUUUUUGCAUUUAUUUAUAUGCACAUUUUUUUUUACUCAAAAGUGAGAAAAAAAAUCCCUUGUGAAAAUUUGUUUUUUUAUAGUAUUUCUUUUUAAAAAUAAAAGUGAUUUUACUGAAGGAAUUUCUGGUUGUAGCAGUCUCACUCAUUACAACUGUUUAUUUCUGUGUAUGCUCCAUUUUGAGAUUCCUAAUUUGUUAAGAGUGUGUCAGUUUUAGUUUUGCCUUUCUAAAUAUAUAAGUUAUAUUAUCAUUUUAUGUACAAUAAAGUGUAUAGUAUUUGUGUAGGGUAUAUUUUUGCUAGUUUACAAUUAAGAUGAAAAGGGGGCAUGUUAGGUGGGGAACUAACAAACAAGUUUGGCCAAAGAAGUGUGCAAUUUUAAAUAAGAAAAAUAUACCACUUUAUGGUAAUGUACCUCAAAUGUGUAUGAUUAAUAAUUUUGUUAUACAUUAGUGCAAUAAGUUUAUGUUUUAUCUUUCAAGUAUUUUUUAUUACAUAUUAAUGACAUGUUCUUAAGUUGUCCAUAUUGUAAACUGUAAAAUUAGAAUUAAAACAUUGUUUUAUUAAUGGAAUAAGUUGGAUACGAUGGACAUGUUUUAUUAAUGGAAUAAGUUGGAUACGAUGGACAUGUUUUAUUAAUGGAAUAAGUCAGAUACCAUGGACAUGUUUUAUGUCCAUGGAAUAAGUCGGAUACGAUGGACAUUGACAAUGUUGGAACUCUAUCAUGUUUAGUUUACUGCUAAAUGAUUGGAAAUUAUAGUUCUGGAACUUGAUUGGUAGUGUUUCACUCUGCAUAUUGUAGUUAAUUCAAAAUUCCAAACAAAUUGUAAUUAGUCACAUAUAGUCAAACUAUUCCAAUUGUCUGAUAUUAUACCAAAAUGUUCUAGGAGAGUUUUGAUUGCAGAUAAUUUAAUUUCAUUUCCCCUUCUAAAAAAGAGAGCAGGUUAUGGAUUGAUGUAAAAGUUCUAUUUGACAGUGUUAUAGGCAUUAAAAAAAAUUGCUCCUUAACUUUCAAAUGGCAUUAAACUGCAAUUGUGUAAGAAUGUUCAAUGAAUUACAAAAUAUGGAGUUAUGAAUAACAGAAGUUUGGUCACAGUAGAUAAUAUCAAAAUGUGUUAAAAAAGUAAAAAAAUACAUAAUUAUUCAAAGAAUUAAGUUUGAUAUAUGAUUGUAAUAUUUAUACACUAUAUGCAUUAUAUAAAUAGAUAUGCAAUUUAAGUAAAAAAUUAUUUUGUGCUUCAGAUUAGUAUUGUUUAAUUUGAAUAGACAAGCAUAGUACUUAUCUUCUUUGAAAUUUCCAAAACAUUUUAAGGAACUGAAAAUUAAAAGGCAUAUUUUCUGUCUUCUUAUUCUAAAUUAGUCAAACAUGUUUUUUUGUAUUAAAAAGUGGUAUUUGGCAUUAUUGUUUAUAAAACACCAAUAAUCAAAGAACAAGGACGCCAUCAACAAAUAUGACAGACAGCAUUAUCAUAGAUGUGUCUCCUACUUUUGACAAUUGAAUUGAUCCUAUCAAAUUUAAUGAUGAAAAGUUUGUAUUAGCUUUGUAUUUUUUCUAUUAAUCUUUGGAACACUCAAUCAUAUCUAUAAAUUUGCCCUGUAAUAUAUUUGCCAAGGAGUAAUAUAAUUUUUUUUUAAUUCACCUUAUAAGGACAAAUUAUAGGAUGUACAAAGUUCAAUGUUGUUACUGUUGAAUUUGUAACAAAAAUAAAAAGAAUCUGUUUUGUUUUUGAUGGGGUGCAUAUUUACGUUUCAAAUCUAUGAACUGGGCUGAAAUCAUUGUCUUUGUUAUAAAAAAUAAUGACCUUAAACUAAUUGUUUUUAAAUCCUAUUUAUAAUUUUAGUGGAAAAAAGUAAAAACACAAAAAUACUGAACUCCGAGGAUAAUUUAAAAAGGAAAAUCCAAAAUCAAAAGGCAAAAUCAAAAGUCCAAACACAUCAAACAAAUGGAUAACAACUGUCAUUUUCCUGACAUAAAUUUUUAAACAAAUAACUGCAACCAGAAAGUCAUACAUCUAUAGAAAAUUAGUGUUAUCCCUUUUUGAUAAAUACAAUAUUUUCAAGCUUUUUCAACUUGACACAAACUGCAGUUUAUAUUAUGAAUAGAACAAUUGUGGCAUUGCUUGUUUACCAUGUUGUAUUAUUUUUAUAGAAUAAUUAUAGUAUUUUGUUAUUGUGAUUUCAUCUUGCUUCCUCUUUCAUUUUAAGGUUGUUAUAUUUUAAAAAUAAUAGAAUUUCUUUUUAUAAAAAUAUGCAUAACAGAAGUGUUUUACUUUUGUUUUAAUUAUACUGUUAAUGAAAUAAAAUCUUCAUACUUAAACUUUAACCAGGCAUUAUUACCACUGCUAAUGUUGUCAUUAUUAACUGUUUUAAAUACUUAUUUGAUGUCUUUAAUUUUUGACAUGCUAAGCUCUGUUGUUGAAAGUUUAUGUUGACCUAUGAUCAGCAGGCCCGUAGCCAGGAAUUUCCAAAGGGGGGUUCGUUUGACUCACAAACUCGACUUUAACAGUCACAAUUCGAACAGAACAUCGACUUUAACAGUGCUUAUUUGUUUUCAAGGGGGGUUCAGACAAACCCCCCGAACCCCCCCUGGCUACGGGUAUGAUCAGUAGGUAGGUGUGAAAUAUGUAGAUUGGUUUAUAAAUCCAAAUGAUAGUCUAUUAUAUUUAUAUAUUGUAUUAAUUUAAUGUGUUCAUAAAAAUAAUAAUUUAGGACACAAGUUGAUGUCAGUAUCAUGUGUUUAAAUUCAAAUCAGACUGUCUCUAGAACGUAUUUGAUUGAGAAAUUGUGCCUUUUUCAAAAAGUUUUGGUUGAAGCUAGAAAUGAUGAUUACAUUUAACAAACCAAGAUUUAAGGAUAAACAUCAUCUGUCAGUAUCUACAAGUGCAUUGUUAGUUUGACUUGCAUUUCGGUUUUUGGCAUGUGUUUAUUUCUUACUCUAGUCUUUUUAACAGGUACUUUUAGUACUUCAAGCAUAUUUGCCUCGAAAUACAGCUGAACUAUUAAAGUGUUAACUUAAUACAUGAAUGUUCAAUGUUCUUGUUUCUUAAUUUGACAUGAAUGGCUAUUUUAAAUAUGAAAACAAACUGGUGAAAUAAAAUUGUUAGUUAUCGGUAUAAAACCUGUACUUAUUAAUACUGAUAAGUUACUUUAGUUUGAAUCCUUCAAUAGUAAUUCAUUACAAAACUAGCAAACUUAACUGCAUUGUUCUAUAUACACACUUGUGUAUAUAUGCUGUAUAAGUUUUAUUGUUGAUUGGAUGUCUAAAAGAUUAUAGCUAUUUCAUUUAAUCAGAUUGACAAAUGCCAAUUUGUUCACUCAGUCUUAACAGUUCUAUAAUGACAACCUAAAAUUGGUAUGAAAAAAAUGAUUAUUUCCUAAUGGCAAUUUGUUUUGGGUAUAAACAGAAUAAAAGUAUACAUGUCUACAAAUAGAACGUACAUAAUUAGUAAUAAGGAUUUUUUUAUAUUUGUAUUUGUUAUAGAUAAUAAGGUUUAAUGCCUUACUAGUCACAGGUGGUAUUUGUUUGAUUCAAUAAACAGGUAUAGUUUGUAAUCAAAUGUGUUUUACUGUUAACAAACAGUUGUUAUGAAUCUCUAUCUUCGCAGAGAAAUAAAUAAAGAUUAAUGUAUUUAUAA